AUGUCAUCCUACAUAAAUCAAUUCACCAACUACCUCCGAUCGCUCCCUAUCCAUCUCCCCCGAACACAACAGGAGCGGCUUACUCUCGUCCUUGGCACAACCGCUGCAGUCGUAACUUCGCUCAUCCUGCCUCCUCUCUAUCGCGACUACAGUCUCUUUAUCUCAUAUGGUCCUGGUGGCGUUCCGAGCAAUGUAUUCGGGUGGAUGAUUGUGCGCGGGCUCUUCCAGCCUCUCCGCGGUGAGAUGUUCAGUACGGAUAUCUAUCUACAGCGAGCUGAUGCGUUGGAGGGACAUGGUGUUGGGAGCGAGGGAUUUUUGACUCUGGCGCCGGAACAGGCGCGUUCGGUUGUUGACAGGCCUGAAGUUGGACCCCAUGCUGUGCCUCAGAGACAGUUGUCGCAGCUGCCGACAGAUGAAAUUAAAGAAAAACUUGACGCGCGGUUCAGGGCUUUCGGUCGUCGAAAUGAUCACCUUAUCAGAUUUGAUCGCUCACGUCAAGAAGCACAUGCCGAUGCCUUCUUCCUCGCGAAUCGUCUGCCACCUACUGAUCUUGCUAAGGCGACAGAGGGUGAAUUGGCACAUCUGCACUCAGGUGGAGAGUACUCUGCGCACUUCGCACUGUCGCCGGCUGAUUGCAAGAAAGUUAUCGAAGCCGGCUGGGGCCAGCGACAUGGUUUUGCUGGUACAUCAGCGCUGUCUUUGUUGAGCUUUGGGACGAAGGCGGAUAUGCCUGCGGAGUAUCUGCUCAUUUACGCUCCGCGUAAUGAUGCGGAGAUCGAUACAUUCAUCCAGCUACUAGAAGCGAGUAUCAAGUACACCACUGGGCGGGAAGAUGUGCGGUAA